AUGAAAUAUGCUCAGAUUGGCCAAAAUAUCCAACCAGUGGAUCUCACUCACCAGCUACAAAACAUAAAUCUGGCUCGGCAAAGGUACCCAGAUGUUGCGUCGAUGUUGCCUGAUCUUUUUCGUCGGCAAACACCUCCUAGACCCAUCACCACUACUGCAUCUCCUACCACAGCCGCCACACGCCCAACGAAUUCCCAAUCUGCCCCUCCCAAUUCCCAACCUUCCCCUUCAAGUCCAACAAAUCCAACUUCAUCACGUCCUUCUCAAUCGGCUCCCCCUCCUCGUGCUAGCGCUUCUCCAGCCUCUACUCCAGCUUCGGCAAACAAUAGAAAUGGUGCUCAGCAAAACCCAGCAACUGCCGCCCGUCCUGCUCAAGUUGCUGCACCCUCACCACCUCAAAGCUCUCAAACCAGCCAGCCAGCCAAUCCUCCUGCAGUAACAACGCCUUCAAAUUCUUCUACGCGUGCUAGUCCUUUGGCUCCUAGACCGUCCAAUAAACCUGGGAGUCCGCUAAAGCCAGGUUCAACUGCCAAAACACGUAAACCACCAGCACAAGCUGACAGCAAGAAGAAUUUGAUGAUCAUUGGUAUCGCGUGUGGGGUUGGAGUUUUACUCGUGAUCAUCGGGGUGAUUAUCUUCAAGAUGAAAUCUAGUAAGCGCCAACAGCGGUCUUCAGUCGAAGGAAGUCAACAAGCCUCCUCCCAAUUUCAAACAUCUGAAGGUCCAUAUUCAAUGGAUUACAUUCGGCCGCCUGGAGAAGCUCAUCCUUCCUUCACGAGACCGCCACCAACGUCCAACAUGACUUAUCCUCCUUUGCCGCCGCCGGGGAAAGUUUAUCCAACCCAACCGAAUCAUAACAUCUACGCUCGAGAAUCUAUGGAAUUCUACAAUCCGCGACCUCCUCCACCCAUUCUGCCAAGACACGAGUACAAUCCACAUACGACCGAAAAGCAGUGGCGUAGGGAGCCAUCGACAUACGAUAUUGAUGGUUACUAUCAUGCGCCGACAUCAAUUGCCAGUCCAACCGGCCAACAUAUUGAUGCAAGAUACACAAUAAAUGAACCGGAGUAUGAUGUGAUGCAUCCAGAUGAAAGGCCCUAUGAUCCACGGUACACGCUUGAUCGCAGAGGCAAGUUGAAGUAUGCAAUUGAAGAAGACUCUUCUGUAGCACCAAGAUCAAGAUAUGACUCAAACUACUUUGGAAGAGAAUAUCGACAAGAGCUAGAGGGAUCAGAUAUAGAUGCUCAGUCAAGGUACUCGUACUAUCCGCCUGAGCACCUAGAAGUACCUCAUUAUACCCAACCUCGUGGUCAGGCUCCAUUAGACCCACCAGGAUCAUCAAAUUAUUACAACAACUCGUUUCGAAAUCAGACGAGACUUCCAUAUGAAUGA